UAUAUAAUCCCCCAUCAACUACUCUUUCACAAACUCAUCUCCUGCUCUCUCCUCUCCUCUCACACACACAAAGAUCCCUUUCUUUUUCUUUUUUUAGAAAGACUUGAUAAAAUCUUUUGAGGUUUUCUAAAAUCUGAUAACACACAAACACAAACCAAAAGUGAUCAAUGAAGAUGCAACACACCCAUUUUCAUGGGGCUAGUGUGUACAAUGGUUUAAAACCUCAUAAACUAACAUUCAAGAAAGCCGUGAAGAAAGUGAUGAGAGAUCGGUUAACUAAUCAGUUCAGGGUUGAGAUGGAGAACAUGGUCAGGAAAAUUGUUCGAGAGGAGCUUGAUCGUGUUAUUAAACCACAUCUCUCCUCUUCAUGGUCCCCAAUAGAGCGAUCCCGUUCGGAAACGCCGUCCUCGCGUUCACGGUUCAAGCUGCGGUUCAUCAACGCACCACCGUCUACGAUAUUCACGGGGGCCAAAAUCGAAGCUAGGGACCGUUCUCCCGUAGCGUUCGAGCUCGUGGAUACAGCCACGAACUCACGAGUCGUCUCAGGACCGCUCUCGUCUUCUCGGGUCGAAAUAGUGCCGCUGAACGCUGACUUCACGGAGGAAAGCUGGACCGUUGACGUAUUCAAAGGGUAUAUUGAAAAGCAACGCGAAGGGAAACGUCCGUUACUCACCGGAGAUUUAACGGUGGCGCUUAAAGACGGCGUCGGAGUGAUCACCGGAGUUGUUACUUUCUCGGAUAAUUCGAGCUGGACUAGGAGUAAGAAGUUCCGGUUAGGUGCUAAACUAACCGGUGGUGGCGCCGUGGAGGCGAGAAGUGAAGCCUUUAAAGUUAAAGACCAACGUGGAGAAUCUUAUAAAAAACAUCAUCCUCCGUACCCGGGUGACGAGGUUUGGAGACUGGAGAAAUUAGCAGGCGUUUCAGCGAAGCGUUUGGCUGAGCGGAAGAUUUUUACCGUUAAGGAUUUUCGUCGUUGGUAUACGGUAGAUCCAGAGGCGCUAUACAACCUACUUGGUGGAGGGAUCUCAAAGAGAACAUAUGAAGAAGUAAUUGUAUCCCAUGCGAUGGAAUGCGUUUUAGACGAAGCAGAGUGUUACAUCUACGACGCAACAACCGCUCCUGGUGUGUCGCUUAUUUUCAACUCUGUAUAUGAAGUGGUCAAAGUGUAUAUCAGUGAUGGCACGUUUCGAAACCCCGACCAGCUACCAGCUUAUCAGCUUGAGAAGCUGAAGCGUGAAGCGUAUCAAAACCUUAGCCAGUUUAGGCCCUUUGUGGAAUAUCCACAAAGGUCCUUGCAAUGCACUCAAAGUCCUGGAUUUGGAAUUGCAUGUCCUGGAUUGCACCACAACAACUUUCAAGGAAUUUCGGAUUCAUCAGACUCUUUGAGGUCUCUUUACUUCGCCGCUACAAACUCCACGGUCCAACCAGAGAACUCACCAGCCACGACGUCGUAUCACAUUGAUGGAAAAUUCAUGCAAAGGAACAGCUUCAAUGUUAGUGAACACGAUCCGGUGUACAGUGAAUCACAAACUGUAGAGACAAGGGAUUGUAUCGAGAAUGACGAGAAUAAUUGUGCUUAUCAUCAACAUCAUGACUUUCCCUUGAACUGGUCGCCUGGUGCAGCGGAUGUGGAGCAACAAUUGAAUAGUUUUUGUGUUAGCGUGUCUGGCACGGAAGAAGCUGGAACGUACGAUGUUAACAUUAAUGUGGGAUCUCCAAGAGGCAGGUGGUGUAAGGUCAAGGCAGCCUUUAAGAUCCGAGAAGUUUGGAAACUCACAACUGCCAGAAAACGAGGGAAGGCUUGUAAGAACCCUUGUCUACUCUAUUAGAUACAGAGGUUUCGAUGCUUAUACGGUGCAUGAAAGAUGUGUAUGUUGUGUAUGUGUGUGAAUUCAUAUUCUUUCCUUUUGAUAGAAUAGGGUUAGUAAAAUGGAUCCCGGCCAUUGAAUGUUUCCAAUGGUUCAAUAAGUACUGGGGAUUAGUCUUUGUGUAUACCAUGUUUGAUAUGUAAUCUCUACAAAAAAGGCUAUACUGUAUAUGCAACCAAAUCAGUUUACAUGUUUUAUAAUUCAAGUAUUUGUUUUUCUCUAAUUUGAAAUGUAACUUGUAGCCUUUACAUUACAUGACAUAUUGGAUUCAAAGGUUUCUUGAGGUUCACGAAAGCUAUAUAUAACAUUACAUGACAUAUUGGAUUCAAAGGUUUCUUGAGGCUCACGAAAGCUAUAUAUAAUAAGAUAAAUUUAUGUGUGUUUUUUUUUCUCUCUUUGCCUAUACCAUAUAUUUUAGAAAAAAAUAAAACUUCUUUUUUUUGGACAAAGUCAGUUUACAUCUUUUAAAUUUUGUGGUAAGAGCGAUCACAGAGACGAAAAAAAAACAGUUAACUUAAAAUCUUCAUCGUGUUUGGGCUGCCGGCGUUUGCCGGUGGCUCUGUUUUUUCUUCAUUUGUUUUUUAUUUUUGUUUUCAAUAACAUCAGAUGGAUGGUGAGACUUUGAGAAGGUUUCUACAUUCAUUUUUCUUCUUUUUGAUGAUAAUGGAGGUUCCAAUCAACGUGACUUAUAUGGGUCAACGAGAAGUGAUGGUGAAUCCACAAUCAAAAAGGUAUAUUGCAUAUCUGUCUAGAAAAUUUCCUCCAGUUACGGAGACGUUUAUUUCAAGUUUUUUUGUGGGAGUGUGUCUAUGGUUUGAUUUCACCCACAACGAACCAUCAAUCUCUGUGAAGGCUCUCUUUGUCCUUUGCGAUGCCCGAUUUCCAAAAUUCCAAUUAGCAAAUGGGAUUAAUAUUCAAUCUCAAAGUGUUACAUUGCGUUUUGAUGAGCGUUUUGAUGAGCGAAUUUGGGAUCCGGGUAUAGCAUACUCAUGGAGAAUCGAAGAAUCAAUGGAAGGGAAGAUAUGGCUUUAUCGGUUUCAAAGCAAAAGAAUUUCAAUGCCAUGGAUAGAUACAACAAAGCAUGUUAUCUCAUGCAGCGGGAGUGUUUGGGACGAAUUGCGAUGUAACAGAUGGAUCGCAUUCAAUGAUCUUCUUAGAGAAAAACGGCAUUUACUCACAAGAAUUGAGAGCCACAAGAAAGAUCUUAAAAGACCAAGAACGAAGUGGAGGAAAGCUAGCGAAUUAGCAUGUCCUACGAAUGCGUUAGGAAGCAUCGUGUCAUUGCUGUCUCUGUUAAAAGUUCUUUUUAACUACAUGUUUGGUGUAAUUUAUGUUGUAUGUAAUAUGUUACAUUGAUUUGAUAUCAAUAAAGUUACGAUGUUAUAAAAAAAAAAAAAUUGUGGUAAGAGUGUAUUUCGAUUUUAUCCGCCAACAAUGUGUAGAUUCAUUAUCACGUUAUAUAAUUAUAACAAGUCUAGAAACAUCAUCUUUUACAAUAAAACAGACUUGCCUCUCUCCUCAUUAAGCCACGUCAUCAGGGAAGGAGAGGCAUUUUGGACACGUGUCACUUCCAAACACAAGCCAAUCCGCGUUUUAUUGCCUUUCUUGAUUGGGUCAUUUGUUUUGUAUAUUCAUUUCUGGCCCAUUCAAAUUUAGGGCACCGUCUGAAUCUCUGAAAACGUUUGCUGGAACCUCCGGACUCCUCUGGCCAGCUCAACGUAACGUUUCCAGUUUUGCAUUAAUAAGUUCUUCAUUCCGAGAUUUAACUUCAUUACCCCCCACUCAUCCCACUCUCAAGCACUCAAUCGGACACAUCCUAUCCCAGCGUAACUGACGAAAGGUUCGACUAUAAAUCUUCGAUCUCCCGCCGAUGAACAACACAACUUCAACCAAAUCGAGAAGAGGAUCUUGAUUCUGUGAUUUGUUGAGGAUCUCUUAGAUAUGUCCAUGGCCCCAAAAACGGCUAAAGCAUUUUUUAUAAAUAGUGGAUCAUGAGCCCAAUGAUACACAGGUCAAUCUGGUUUGGUAUAUACAACAACGCACUUGGAAGGCCUGAGAAGAAGAAAUUUAUCGCUAGAAAGAAAUCGUACCAUAGCUCCAUUUUAAUAUCAGCAAGUUUGUCCAGUCUCCCAGUGCUGCAUCAAACUUUGAUUUACCUGCACCAUUUGUGUGGCACACAGACUGCCCUCAUUAUUGCCGUUUUCAUCUUCCAGGCGAAAAUAAAGAGGAUUUCUCAAUAAGAUUAGCCAAGAAUUUAGAGGAUCUUAUCAUUACAGAGGGACCAGAAACUGUGAGCAAUCUUCUAUAAUCACACUCUUGUCUUGGACCAGUGAGUGUUGUGCUUUCUAUUUCUGACCGUUAUUUUGCAUAAUGAGAACUGCAGUUUCAUGGAUACCAAAAGGGGCUUCAAAGGCCAUGCUGAUCCUCCUUCUAAGAUCAAAGAGCUGAUCGAGAAUGGCACUCAAGAAAAGGUGAAUUAUUUUCCCUUUCCAUCUUCUACUGGACUUUUGUAAAACUCACCCUUUGAUUUGUGGUUACAUGUACAACAUAUGCUAUCUGAGUGUGACAUGGAUGGAGCGUGAAAUACAUAGUGGUGAAGUUCCUCAUGCCAAGGCUGUAGCCAAAUAUUUUGAAAAACCAUGUGCCAAAAGCAAGUUUACAAUUCUAAGCACUGUAAAUUUUCCAACUAUGAAAGCAAUAUCCCAUGAUUUUUAUAUUGUGUGGCCACGAAUAUAAGUUUAUGUUUUAUAUCUCAUCAGAAAAUUCGAUUA